UAUCAUAUAGAUGACUUUUAUAUAGCAAGAACUGAGAUAGUUUCCUAUUCUGACUACCUGAAAGCUCUUACUUUACAACAAAUCUGCUUCUGAAUUUGUAUUCCAAUAUCAUAUGUCCUUUGGUGAUAUCCUGAUUCUCCAUGGCUAUGUCAUCUAUGGAAGCUAUCCGUACGGAAGGGUACAGAAAGUAAAGACAUGGCGCGUAAUGUGAUGUGGCCAGACAGUGUGGGUUUUAAUUAUUUUUCAGAUUACAACUGUGUUAUAUAUGUUAUAUAAUUUGCAGUUGAAUAAAAUGAAAGCAUACAGUUCAGUCUUUGAACAUAUUUUGGUUUCGUAUUGUUUGUCUUAGUUUGAUUAGUUAUGUGAGUUACGUUCAUAGCAAUGUAUUUACUUUAAAAUUUUAUCAAGGUAUACCAUAUAGAGUUAUCAGCCAGAAUAAGAUGGACGAGGAAAUAGUUAGGAAAGUUAUCUAUAGAAAAUCGUGUCUAACAUCAAGGUAUAAACAGAAUGGUUGUCUAAGGAGGCACUCUCAUGGCCCUAUAAACCGACAUCAGCCAAUCUUUAAAAAUUCCUCAAUAAAGCCAUGCAUGGCAUCAACACCACAGCAAUGCAGAAGAAGAACUACUGAUAAUUCAGAGUGUGAGACCAGAACGCAAGCGAAAGACAAAGCUAAAACAUGCACAAAUUCUAAUGUCCUCAUAGAAAAUGUUACACCCCUUAAAAGACAGAAGACAAAGCAUAAUUUUAAUUUCAUCAAAGGAAUUACAUCAUUAGAUGGAAGGCCAGAUAAACAUACAAAUGUCUGUAGGAACAUAUGUGGUGAGUCAUUCAGUGUCACAACUGUCAAGAGUCCAACACAGAACCAAAUGCUCUCCCUUGAUGAAUCUAUGUUAGCAAGAGUUGAUCUGGACAGUGCAGUCAAGGACUAUUGUGACAGCCAAAACAGGAACAUAAAUUUGGAUAUUCAGAGCACAGAACAUGAAGACCACUAUCACGUCCCAAAUCCAUCUGAAGAGCAUUUUAAUGUAAUUAAUGAUGAAAUCAUGAAGUCAUCAUCACAGGGGAGUGAUGAUUCUAGCUGUAAAGUUAGAACACAAUAUUCAGAAAGCCGCUGUGACAAGUAUCGUCCAUUGAAUAGAAUCCAGCAUAAAGACAUGGUCACAAAUAGUUCUUAUUGUAUGGCUCCACAUGUGGGAAUCAAUUCUGCUCAGAAUGAACAUUUUCAAAUUACAGAUUCUGCAUGGGUAAAUGAUUCAUUUUCUGAAGAUGUGAUUAACAAUAUGGACAAAGACAUCCCAAUAUCAAACUGUUCUCCACUGAGUAACAUGCCACUGGGUGAGAAAAUAAAAAGGGCCCUUAUUUCUAAUGUACAGAAACCAGUAACACCCAAGCCUAAAAACGUGCAGGUAAAUGCCGGAGAUGAGCCACAAAACAGUUCCUCAAAUACAGAAAAAUUAUCAACAUUUUUUGACAUCGGUCCUUUCUUUGGCUUACCAUUGAAAGUGAAAUCACUUAUACAGAAGUUUAAAGGAAUCUCUGAUCUCUACCCCUGGCAAAAGGAGUGUUUAAAUUUGGUUGCUCUCCAGCAGAGGAAAAACCUUGUUUAUGCCCUUCCAACUAGUGGAGGGAAGACAUUAGUAGCUGAAAUGCUGAUACUUAGAGAACUAUUUUGUAGCAGAAAGAAUGCUAUAUUUGUAGUACCAUAUGUAGCCAUUGUUCAGGAAAAGGUUAGAUCCCUAGCACCAUUUGGAUUAGAACUUGACUUCUUUGUAGAAGAAUAUGCUGCUGGAAAAGGCCAGUAUCCUCCUCCGAAACGCCGAAGGAAACAGACAGUAUAUGUGGCAACAAUUGAAAAGGCCCUUGGCCUUACAAACAGUUUAAUUGAGGCACAGAGGAUGAAAGAAGUGGGCCUUUGUAUCGUGGAUGAAUUGCAUCUUGUUGGUGAUUCAAAUGGGAGGGGGUCCGUUCUGGAAGGGCUUCUCACAAAACUCCUCUAUUUACAAGCAAGUAUUCAGAUUGUUGGGAUGAGUGCAACAAUUGGCAACUUGCAUGAAAUUGCAACAUUUCUAGAUGCAGAAAUGUUUACGCAAGAUUUCCGUCCAGUAGAGCUGAAGGAAUAUGUGAAGUGUGAGAAUAAGCUGUAUGCUGUGAACUUGCGUGCUGCAUGUCCAGAUGAGUUUCUGAUGCUGGAAAGAAAACUCUCAUUUUCUUAUUCUGCAGCUGCUGCUUCCAUUGAUCCAGAUAUGAUCGGUGGACUGGUAGGGGAAGUGAUCCCCAAAAGCUCAUGCCUUGUAUUUUGCCCCACAAAGAAGAGCUGUGAAAAUGUUGCUCAGCUUAUCUGCAGUGUUUUACCAAAGGAAAUUUUACAGUAUAAAAAGGAAGAGAAGAAAGCGCUGUAUCGUGCAUUGACGAGUGAAGGGAAUGGUUCAGUCUGUCCAGUUUUGAGAAAAAUUCUUCCAUUUGGAAUCGCAUACCAUCAUUCAGGUUUAACUGCAGAUGAGAAGAAUUUAUUACAAGAAGCAUAUCAAUCUGGCACACUUUGCUGUAUUUGCUGCACUUCAACAUUGGCUGCAGGGGUGAAUCUGCCAGCAAAACGGGUGAUUCUGCGCUCACCGUACAUAGGACGAGACUUCAUUAACUUAAGUCGCUACAAACAAAUGAUUGGACGAGCAGGACGAGUUGGUUUUGGUGAGAUGGGUGAGAGCAUUCUUAUCUGCAAGACAAAUGAAACUCAAAAGGUAAAAGAAUUACUCAGCUCACCAAUGGAUGAGGUAACAAGUAGUCUACAUUUGAAUGAUGGCCUUGGGAUACAAAACUUGGUUCUCAGUGCUGUUGGCUUAGGUAUUGCAACCACAAGAGCGACACUGCAAAAAAUGAUGGAGUUCUCUUUGUUAUCUGUACAAGCUUCAAAACUGAAUGUGAAUUUACAUCUUGAGAUUGAUAAGAUAUUAGCCAAAUUGAUAAAGCUACAAGCCUUGACUACAGUGGAUCUGGAACGAUCAAGCCCAAAUUCAAGUAUCAUGCUUGACAAUCAGAGUAACAUAACAGUGCAUAUACUUGACACAUCAGAAUCCGAUAUGAAGCAAAACAAGUCUGUGACACCAACCUGCGGUAAGAAAGAAAUAUGUAACAGGAUAGUAUAUCUGAAGAGUGAGACGCUACUCACGGUUAGCAGGCUCGGGAAAGCUGCCAUAAAAGGCUGUAUGCAUUUGUCUUGCACUCAUAUGUUAUACCAGGACCUGGUUCAAGCUCAGUCUAGUCUGGUGUUGCUGUCUUGUCUACAUCUCCUUUAUCUUGUCACUCCAUAUGACUUUAUGAGCCAGGUUAAACCUAAUCCUGCAGUGUACUUCUCUGUGUACAACAGACUGGAUGUAAAGGACAUUAAGACAACAAAUGUUCUUGGAAUAUCUGAAGUAUGUAUGGCUCGCAUGGUAACUGGACAGGUUAUGAAGUCAGGGCAGGAGAAAGUAGUUCAUCGAUUCUACUUAACGCUGAUGCUGUAUGAUCUGUGGAACCAGAGGUCCCUGUGGGAUGUGGCAAAUGAAUUUCAGGUUCCACGUGGCAUUGUUCAGAACCUCAUGACCUCUGCAGCUGCCUUCUCUUCCUGUGUAUUACGCUUCUGUGAGGAGAUGAAUGAGUUUUGGGCAUUCAAAGACCUCCUAGUCAACUUUACUGAACAGCUUUCUCACUGUUGUACAUCUGAGCUACUGCCAUUGAUGGAUUUGCCAGCAGUUAAAAGAGGACGAGCCAGGCAACUGUACAAAGCUGGCUACAAGACACUGCAGGACGUGGCAAAUGCUGAUCCAAAACAGAUGGUUCACACAAUUGAUCACAUGUCAAAUAAGGUAGCAAAUCAGAUUACAGCUGCAGCUAAGCUACUACUGAAGCAAAAGGCAGACAGUUUACGAGCAGAGGCAGAAGAAAUGUUAGAAGGACUUCAGUCAUCUCCAAAAUCAUGCUAAAGUUUAAUGAAGACUGAUUGACACAACAUGAUUUAACUUGAAAACUGUUAGGGAUGGUAUGUUAUGCCUCUUAUUAAAUGGUGAUGGGCUGUAUUUCAGGGAUAGCCUAAAAAAUACAGAACUGAUUUCACUGACCUUGGCAUCAUAAAGUGGCAUGCAAUGAAUUUAUAAAUUGGAAAUCCUUUUUGAUAUAUGGAAGGAUCACCAGAGGAGCAAUGGGGGCAUUUUACGAACACACACCCAUUUCACCUUAUUUGUACUUUGGGUUGCAUUCUCACCUGUGUUAAUAAUGUAGCAUAUUGCAGUGCAAGAGUAAUGGUGUAUUGUUUGUAACUGAAAUAUGAAAGAGGUAAGCUGACUCCAAUUAAUACAGACUGGUAAGCAUUCCAAGAAGCAGAGUUUGGUUUAUGGGGAGGAGGUGUCUGCAUGUUGCAUCUACAAAACCAGUCAGUGAGAUUAGAUGGAAUUUGAUAUUGGAAGCAGAGAGUGAGAUUAUUAGGUAAAAUUAAUUUUGAUUUUUAUGCAGAGCCGUAAAUUAAUUUUUUUUUCUUUGUGCACUAACUUAACAUAAAAUAUAUAUGCCUUGAAAGUUCCACAUUUUGUAUCAUAAUGAACUUUUUUUUGGAAUACAUUCCAUAUUUGAUGUACAGCAUACCAAAGUUGUGUGUAUACACUGAAACGUUUUGCCAUCUUGCUCAGUUGUAUCCACUUCAGAUCUAAAUAUUUAGAUAUGUUUUUGAAGGCAGGAAUUCUGAUGCUUCAGGAGUGAAACAUUUUAAAGCAGGACUCUUUCCUGGAAGUUCUCUGGCCUGUAUGAUGCUGCAAAACUCAAUGGUGUCCAUGCUUAGAUAUGUAAUUGUGUAGUGAUUUAGCUCAGAUGGGUAGUAUUUUGCAAGUGAUUCCAAUUGUAUGUGGUUUAUGUUCAUGGCACUAUUCAAAGCUGGUGGUAGAGAGGAUCACAUUGCUUCAGGAAGUGACUCUGUGUCUCGUAGGUUACAGGUUUUAGUAAUUAGAAUAAAUAUUAGUGCUUUUUCAGCCCUUUCGUCAUAACACUCAGUUUCUUAAUGUGGGUUUUAUGCACAUAUCACUUACAUUCACAUGUUGAUUCAUUUUGCAACAUGUUUUGGUUUACUUGCAUAUCAUUCAUCAAAGUUAUAAGCUUCACUGAUUAAAAUUGGGUCUUGAGCUAGCUAACCAAGCCAAUUUCAUUGUCUUCAGUAUACUGUAACUUUGAUUUUAACCUUCAGUUUUAAUCAGUUAAACUUAAAACUCAUGAAUGAUAAUGGAUUGUAAAAUCUAGCAGUGUACCAACUCAUGACAGUACUAAUAUAAGCCCUUAUAAGUCACAUUAUUGACAAAACAUGCUGUAAAAUGAGUUAACGUGUGAAUGUAAGUGAUGUAUGCAUAAAAACUGCACUAUAAAAACAGAAUAUUGUGAAGAAAGAACUGAAAAAUCAUUCAUACAUAUUCUGUUACCAUACCAGGAUGCUGAAGUAUAAUAUUAUGUCUGGUGAUUAGAUUUGUUUGUUAUUUAUGGUUGUUCAUGAAGAUGUAUAAAUAUAGAUUAGUUCAAAUGAAAUAAAAGAGUGACACGGUUACAUAAACAUGUAACCAUUGAAGAAUAGGCAUAAAUUGUUGUAUGCAAAAAUGCACGUAACUGUAGUUAUUGAAAUUUAUGAUAUACUGUUAACUGGAAUUUUUUAUUUAUCAUGAAAAUUGAAGUAAUUAUUUGUAAAAUUGUUAAAAUAUAUGUACCAGUUAUCAGAUGUGACUGUCACUGGACUCUGAAA